GUUCCCAUUGAAUCGCCAGAGGCAGUCACUGUAGUAUCGGUAUGGAAGCGAUACAGUGAUGUUCAGCAACUUCACAAGAACAUGAAAUUGCUGCAUGCUGGUCUACACUUGCGGGGGACUUUCCCUAUUCUUCCGAGGUUCAGUUACUUUAAACGGUUUCAGACAGAAGUAAUAGAAGAGAGGGCCAGAACAAUCAAAACCUUGCUAGAGUUCAUAGCUGAGCAUCGGCUGCUGUUCACCAGUAUGGAUUUUGUUGAUUUCCUUCAGACUGGAUACCCCGAACCAGAAUCUAAGUCUGACGGAGUCAUAAACACUAUCAGGUCAUCUUUACACUUGCCCAUUGAGGAGACAACUCCAUUGGAGUAUCAGACUGAUGACGAAGACUCCAGGAGUCCAUCUCAUUCUGCAAGAGCACAGCAAACAUGCGCUGAAGGGAACCAAACCAUAGACUCGGAUGAAGUCGACUUUAUAUCACAAAUCCCCAUAUACGAAGCAGCUGACGUGGAAAUACGGGAAUCGCCUAAAACUAGCCAAAAAUUAUCAACCGCUGAUAGCUUCGAAUCUAUAAACUCUUUGGACAGCAUAAACAGUCUCUAUGAUGAACUGAGCAAAGUGACCAUAGAGAAAUCGAAGCCGUGUAUCAAGGACAAAUCUGUGUUGCCAGAUUUAAUAAAUUUUGACGCACCGUCGACUUCUAAAUUUGAAGAUUACCACACGAUGCCGAAAACGAGCAAUCCAGACUCUGAUACGUUGUCUUUAAAUUCAAAUGAAACGGAUUCUAAAAGGAGUAGUUCUAGAAUGUCACUGUAUAGUAAGAGGAGUGUGUUAUCUCUUUCUAACGUUGAAAGUAAGACGAAGACGGAAGACAGUUAUGUGUUUGAGGCCGGAUACAUGUUGAAUUUAGCGGCGAGAUGCGAAGAUAUGGGCGAUUAUCAAAGGGCUUUUGAGUGUUAUAAGUCUGGGAUCGAAAAAAUGCUUAUUGGAGUACAAUCCGAUACCGAUGCCCAAAGGAGGGCGUUAAUUAAAGAGAAAACCAACAAGUAUUUGUCGUAUGCUGAGGCGAUUUAUAAAAAUCACCUCUCCAAUGCAGAACAGAGUUUGCUGCCAGAGCGGGACGAUAAUGUGAGACCGCUACACUGUCCCAUACCGAUAUCGAUGUUGAAGCGGCCGUACGAAGAUCUAGCGCUGUACAGAGUGCUCGCCAUAUUGGGCUCCAGUAUAAUGCUGGUGUUACACAAGACUGAACAAUCGUGCUAUGCUAUGAAGGUGAUACAAAAAAUACCAAACAACCUAACAGAAUUCGACGAGUACUUCCUGCAGCGAACGAAUGAAACUCGCCAGCCCAUUCUACCCACUGUCAUCCCUUACAUGGUACCACUACAAGCUUAUAUAGAAACGAACAAUUUGAUAUUUCUCAUACUGGCGUACGCGCCGGGCGAGAAAUUGUUCGACUACAUAAAAAACUAUGCGAAAUCCAUCCCUAAUACACCAGCAAGAGGGUUGAAUUUAGAAAAUGUAUUCUCUGAACCGAAAAACUUAACGGUUGAUAUAGAGAAUGACAAUAUUAAUGUUGAUGUUAAAACAUUAGAAAUACCAAGUGCGGUGAAUGUUAACAAUAACCAGAGCACGAAGACUGAUAGUUUGGACAAUGUUGAGAUAUCGGUGAAAGAGCUUGUGGUGAAUUCACAGAAGUUACUGUCGAAUGUUGAUAAGGUGUUGAGUGAUUGUAAGUUAAAUGUAAGCGACGUCGCUACUGAGGAUAAAGUGGAUAACGUUGAGAGACGAAAAGUGGAUAGUCCGUGUUUCGAUCGGGUGUCGCCACGUCCUCGCGAUGUGUUGCCACCGUCGGCGGUCUGCAAAUGGGCGGCGGAGAUACUGACAGCUCUUGAAAGUCUACACAAUAGCGGCGUCGUAUGCAGAGAUCUAAACCCUUCAAAUAUUCUAUUAGGAGACAGAGGCCAGAUAAUUUUAACAUACUUCGUUAGCUAUCCCGGAUUAGAUAUGACUCUGUCCAAACUACAGACGAAUACGGACAACGUGAACAUGUAUAUAGCUCCGGAGUUGUAUGUAAACACAUUUGUCGACGAGAAAGAUGAAUCCCUGGAUAGAGUAUGUGAUUUUUGGAGCUUUGGUGCUAUUAUGUAUGAGUUAUUGUGCGGAAUGCCGCUGUCUUAUUACCAUAGGAGUGUAUUUUCAAGUCACACCAUCCUGCAGCUACCGGACGGAUUGUCACUGGAAGUGCAGUCACUGCUUACACAGUUAUUAACAUACGAACCGUCAGAACGCUUAGGCGCCGGGAGGGAUGGGAUAGAGGAGAUAAAGCGGCACCCCUACUUCAAAAGCAUCGACUGGCAAGGCGUUUACGACAGUUGGAUAGUACCGGAUUGAUGCAAUAACGUCGAAAGUAUAGAUGUGACCAGAGAAAAAUGGCUAAGUGCAAUGUAAAAUGAAUCUCACAAUUCUAUAGUGUGUCUCAUUAGAACUACAUGUUAAGUAGGCAUGGGUAACAUGGAUACCGGGCCGAUAUCUAUAUAUUGGGUUUCUGGACAUUGAUGGCGGGAAAAAGGUCAUCACCCACUUCGAUAUCGCCCAUAUCGGUCGGAUAUCUAUUUUCGAAUAUGUUAAAAGUCUGUUAUCCAAUAUUUUUUUAGAUAACACUUUUAACAUAUUCGUUAUUGGACCAGUAUUAUAGCAUACAUAUAUAUAGAUAUUGCACAAUAAAUAGAUAUUGCUAUAUAUUAUCCACUCCUAAUGAAAAGGUAACAAAGUUGAAAUUAUAACAGGAACACUCUCUAAAUGAAGUUAGUAACAAAUCGAAACAUUCAAUCGAUCAAUCGAUUAUUUAUUUAAUAAUUAUAAUAAUAAUUUUACAUGCUGUGAUUUUGGAUAUAAAACAUUUGUACUACUCUUUGACAACAGCUAAGUGUUUUGUGGUCGGUUCAAUUAUUUGUUUGUUUACAUUUUAAUUAAGUUCUGUUAAAUUUGACUUUAAUAAUUAAUUUAAUUUGUUAACGACUAGAUAUGACAAUGUCACAGAGGUUAGUGGUCAUGCUUUUGUUAAAAAUAAGAUAUUUAUCCGUCUCAUUCAUAAAAUCAUACAUAUCUGUCACGCCUGUCUCCCAUUGGGGUAGGCAGAAACAAUGGAACGCCAAAUGCUUCGAUUCAAACAAACCUCUUUCGCAUCCUCCACAUUCAUCAAUCGUUUCAUACACGCUCGGUGAUUACGGGUACUUUUAAUUUGGCCCUUCUUCAGCACGUCGCCUAUUUGGUCGACGUACGUCCGUCUAGGGCGGCCCCUACCGACAUCUCCAUUCAUUUAUGCUCGAUAAAUCUCUUUCGUAAUUCUUCUUUCAUCCAUCCUCUCCAAAUGGUCCCAAAGCAACAUUCCUAACAAUAAUAUUAACUCUAUUGUACACCUAUUUUGCUAUUGUACUAUUUUGUCUCGUUCUUGUGUACUAAAUUCCUAACUUGAAAGAAAGUAACAAAACAGUCUAAUAGUUGAAAUAGGUUUGAAGGUUUUAGUUUUUAAUGAAUAAAUGCAUUUAUUUUUAUUAGGUCUCCCAACAAUGGUUAACAUUUAACUGUAUUAGUGUAAUACAGUUAAAUGUUAAGAUGUUAAGACUAGUGUCUAAUUAUAAUUAAUCAUAUUCGAGUGAUGGCGGUAGGCUCGCCUGUUGUUAUUUGACUCGAAUUGCUCGGCGAAAUGUGUAAUAUUAUGUUCACCAUAACGGCAGUUGAUUAACGCCUAUAAUAUAUAUGUAUAUAUGUAUAUAUAUAUAUAUAUAUAUAUAUAUAUAUAUCUUAUCAUCUUGCUACCCUUAUCCCAAUUAUUAUUUGGGGUCGGCGUAAUAUGGUUUUAUCCAUAUUACAAAAGGAUUUAGCUUAUAGUUUUAUGACCGGCCGCCUGCCUGACGUCAACCCUCUUUGGGAUAUAUAUAUAUAUAUAUAUAUAUAUAUAUAUAUAUAUAUUACUUUUGUUUAAAAUAACAUAAUAAAGUAUAAUUUUCAGUAAAAACCACUUUUGACCAACCUGUUCAGUCAAAAGUACUUUUGACUGGUUAAGAGUUCUAUUUAACAGUAGAAUCAUAAUAAUUACUAAUUGUGGCUGCCAACACGCCUGCCAAGCGUGGCAACCACUGACAAAACCCCCCACGGGGAUGGCUUAUGUUCAGCAGUGGACAUUAACGGCUGACAUGACGAUAGUACGGAUGUAUUAUUUCUUCUUUGUAUUAUUUCUUCUUUCUCUUCUUUUCUCUUCUUUUGUAUUAUUUCUUCUUUCUCGUUAUUGUCUAUGACCAAAAGUGAGCAUUUUAAUUUGGUGUUUGUAAUUGACAAAUAGUUGUGAUAAAUUAGCAUAAUAAGUACUUAUAUAUUUAGUUUUUUUUUUUUUUGGAUGAUAAUGAAAUGGUAACCCCGCCUGCGCUAACGGGAUACGCUGGCGGAGCACCAGUGAAGGGUGAUAGAUGAGAAUGAAUGAUUACUCUCGUGAUCCUAGUAGUCCAAGACCGCAAUUUGCUUUUUUCAUCACCUAUCAUCCCUCACUGGUGGCGCGCUAGCGCAUACUGUUAGCGUAGGCGAGGUUACCAUUCCAUUAUCACCCAUUAAAAAAAAUAUAAUACCCCUAAUUAUAAAGUUCUCCUGUUGAAAUUAAGCGCGUUCUUUUAAAAUAAGUUGGUGUAUUUCUAGUCGUAAUUUGGAAAUUAAAUUCUAAAUUGUUCACAUGAAAGUAUUACGUGAUUAUGUAUUUAUUAGUUUUAUAUUUAUUUAUAUUAGUACAAAAAAAAUGUAGUUACUAUUGAAUUUAAUAAACAAUAAAAUUGAGUGAAACUGUA